AUGACCGCCCCCGCCUCAUCAGAACUGAUAUACACCGAAAGCGAAGGCUCCUUUCACCACAUCAACCCCGAGACGGGGGAAACGUGGUGUCGAAGGGGCGGUGAGAGGGAGUCACUCGUGCCGCAGUCGGUGCAUGAGCACGAUGGAGCGGCGGAACUUUGGACGCACGUGGAGGUGAUGAUGAGAAGUCCUACUGAACCCGCGUUGAAUGAUUCGUUGUGGUCGUCGUGGGACCCCGUUGACGAUUCACGGCCUCAAGGAGAUGAUCACGCGGUCGUCUUGUCAUCACAGGGCCCGUCAUUCCAAAACCGUGACUUGACGGUGACAACGCCGUUGUCGUGCGACGAGGUCACGCACCAAGUGGCUGAAGAGCACCAGCCGGAGCAGCUUGACGGCGGCAACGGUGUGGAGGGAGAUAUCAACUCAUUGCCACACUUCGAUUCCAGGUCUACCCCACGGCUCUCAUUGGGGGAUACCCGCAGUCAGAGGGAAGGGGACAGUUGCUUGGUCGAUUUGUCGGCGGUAAAUGAAUUGCAGUCUCUGAACCGGGUCCUGCAGGCGCAGCUGGAGGAGGUGAGUAGGCUGUGUGUGAUUUACAUGUGCUCUGGAGAGAAUACCAGGAAUGAAUUGGAAGACCUGCGCAGGGCCUUGGUGGUCAUUGGGCAGCAUGAUUUUGUCCUUAAUGCUGACGAACGCCUCUUGGAAUUCACUUCAGACAGGGUGCUAACACCACCACCGUCACCACCGCGACAGCAGCAGCAGCAGCAAGGGUUCGCGACGAUGUUUCUGGGUAUGGGACGGCUCUUGGGAGAAUCGAGUGUAUGGAGGUGCUUUCAAUCCUCAGUAUUCGACGUGGGCAGCGAUUCCAAGUUUACAGGCGAAGAGAGUGGUAUCGAAGAUGAGUGGAGUCGCAACCUUUCUGCUGCCAAACAUCAUGCCCGUAAUGGUCGAGCGCAAGAAGCGGUGGAAGUGCUUUUGCUUUCCAUCACGUCGAACAGUUUUAACGGAUGGGGAUCUCUCCUCGUGGAAGGCGAGAAAUGGAACCGCCUGCACGGUGUCGGGCGACAGUUGUGGAAUGACCUUGUGGCGUCCAAGUUGACAGAGUACCUUUGUAAACACGGAGACCGUCUGAAUGUCUGUACCAGAGUAUCAAGUGGCAUGGAUGGGCCAGUAAAUGCUAAUGAGCAGGGGCAUCGCGUGGGCCAAGAGAGCUCGCUGUCCCCAGAGUUGAUCGUGCCGUUCAUUGAAGAAAUAGCUUCCGAAUACGUGAGGGAGAAGCACCGCUACGAGGUGUCGCCGCAGAUGGCAGUAAACAUCGGCCUGCCAGAGCAACGGCAAGGGUGCUCUCAUCGGCACUUGGUGCUUGAGGGAAUCUUGGAACGUCUUCUGGUCGCCUCCAUCUCCUCCUUCCCAGAUUCUGCGGCGCUCUUCUACAAACUCGCGUCCCUCCGUGCGCUCCAAGGACGCCGCGAGGCCGCCCAUGCCCUAAUGACGGAGGCAAUGUGCAUGGACCCUUCGUAUGUGCUGCUGAAUGGCGGCACCCAUCACAGGUAA